GUCGGUUGUGAUUUUUGAACACAGUAGUUUUGGUAUUUAGAGCAGCCGUGAGCUGAUUUUUGAAGCUGUUUAUCAUUUACCAAUGUAGACUAAUUAAAUUCAUUUAUGUGGCUUCAAGAGGUUCAAUGUUAAACGCAUUUUCGGAUUCUCCCCAGUCAGUCCAUGGCCGACCAGCAUGAGUCCAUCGAUCUCAGAAGUCCUCCAGUGGACCCAUCAGCAGCUGCAGGACACAGCUGGUUCCCCGGGCCUCCUCCACCCAUCUAUUCCUGUACCCUGACCCCUGAACUGGUGGCCAAGGCACGGGAGGAGCUCCAGGAGAAGCCGGAGUGGCGUCUCCGGGAUGUCCAAGCAUUGAGAGACAUGAUACUGAAGGAACAACCCAAUCUCAGGACCCGUCUGGAUGAUGCGUUCCUCUUGCGCUUCCUGCGGGCCAGGAAGUUUGAUUACGAUCGAGCCCUUCAGCUGCUUCUCAAUUACCAUGCUGGCCGUAAGACUUGGCCAGAGGUGUUCCAGGACCUGAAACCAUCCACAGUCAAACAUGUACUGGACCUGGGCUUUCUCACAGUCCUGCCACGGCCGGACCCCAGUGGAAGAUACAUCCUCUGCCUCCGUCCUGGAAAAUGGAAACCAAAUGAUUAUCCAUUCGUUGACAAUGUGAGAGCCAUUUAUCUGACUCUGGAGAAGCUGAUCCAGCCAGAGGAAACACAGGUGAAUGGUAUCGUCAUCUUAGCUGACUACACCGGAGUAGGCAUGUCCCAAGCAUCCAAUCCAGGCCCAUUUCUUGCUAAAAAAGUUGUGAGCAUCCUCCAGGAUGGGUUUCCAAUCAGAAUCAAGGCCGUUAACAUAAUUAACGAGCCCCGGAUUUUCAAAGGCAUCUUUGCUAUAAUUAAGCCCUUUCUGAAGGAGAAGAUGGCAGAGAGGUACAUCCUCCACGGCUCUGACCUGCGCUCUCUGCACCGGAACAUCCCGAGGUCGGUCCUGCCGGAGGAAUACGGCGGCACCGCGGGCCAGCUGGACAUGAGCGCCUGGUCGAGUCUGCUGCUGAACUGCGAGGAGGAAUUCAUAGUGGAGUUCUGCCAGCCGGAUCCACUAGAGGGCGUGGAGCUCCCAGACUCCAUGCUAUUCGAAGGGGAGCAGGCCAGUGGGCAGGAUGACGACGCCUUCAGGGGGCUGCGCUCUCAGCUCUACUACUGCUACUGAUGCACACGCUCCCAUCACUGAGAGGACAUUUCCUGUUUCAUUUGAAACGCGUGUGUAGACUUUUACAGGGCAAGUUGCCAAUAUUAUACACGAUUUAUUUUACUAACUAAACAGCACUACUAGUAGUGGAAAGUCUUCUCUAGUUUACACAUAGCCCAGCAUUCAAUCAUUAGCCCAAGGCAGCUCCAGGCUCUUGUGAAGAAGCUUUUGACAUGAGCCGAUGCAUGUUUAGCCAUUAUUGGUGGCAUCUAUGAAUUCAUUGGUACUGACGUUUAAGGUACAGAUUCAUGUCUUUCAGUAGACACAUGCAUAUAUGUACACUGAAACAGGUGUAGCUUGCCAUGAAAAAUGCUAAAAGAUGACUUCCUAUUUUGCUUCCAAUCUAAGAUCUUGACCAAAAUCCAAAUUCCUUCUUUUUAUAUUUAGCUGAAACUACUAUGAAGCUUCAUCAAACGUUCAUUUCUUCACUACAAACCUUUGUGUUCCCAGCCCUCCACUGCAGCUCUGCACUAAACCUCGAAGCUUCAAAUGAACUUUUGAAAAUGCGUUUUUGCAUAACCGUGGACAAUAAAUUUAGUCAAAGAAAAACUGUUUUAGUUUACACAUGGCCCCGUGAGCAACAUUUCUGUUUAUUUUUUAUUAUUUUCAGCAGAGAAAGGAUUCUGAGACAGCUUCUUAAACUUCACUCUGUCUGUUCAGUAUCUUCAUGCUGUCUCUCAUGUCUCUCAGUGCGACAUUGGCCACAAAUCACUUGCGAACCCGUGGAGACAGUUUCUGUGUAUGCCACCAUCUGAUACAUUGCCUUAAACUGUUGUAUGAUUUAUGUUGGAUUUGUGUGCACCAAAGCAAUAUUCACUUGUAUUCUCAUCAGGACUUGUCUUACAUAGCAGCAGAUAUGCUUUAUCGUUUUCAGGAAGUGGCUUUAGGAGGCCGCUGUAGCCGGAGAAUUAAUGUAAUAGAUUUAUUGGUGAAUGGUUCGGCAGAAUAUGUAGUUCAGUAUUUCUGAGCCUUUAUUUUGUUGAUGCUUGUGUUUUCUGGCUUGAAUCUUCUCAGAGGAUUAUUUCAGAUAGUUCAGAUAAUCUGCCUUAUGUUAUUUUUUUUAACCUUUUCUGACCUGUUCGCCUGUGUUUCAUCACUCAGUCUUAACACGGGGCCAUUACUGAUCGCAGGCGUCACGAAGGGAAUAGAACGUUCAGUCCUGAAUUUAUACACUCAUGGUUUGCCAAAUUGUACACACGGCCAAAUGUGCAAUAACAUUAGAUCUGUUUUCUCGACGUAGCCCGAAGCUGUUUUGAGUACGUUUGUUCAGUCUUUUAUAUUUUUUAUUUUGAUGUAUGCAUGUAUGUGAAUAUAGACUGUAUUGUGUUGCAGGAUAUUUAUUGUUGAUAGUGAAGACAGUAAAGUAAAAGUCAAACAGA